CCAAGUCAUUUUCAGAUUUGCUCAGGCUAGCGCAGUUGAAAGAUCGUCAAAAGAACUACUAGUACUCCGCGAGUGCAUCAUGGACUUUGAGAAAAACUUUGCUGAGUUGGACAAGAGCGGUGACGGCACAAUCGACUCUUCUGAGCUCAAGACCUUCUUAGAGCUGAGCGGCCUGAAUCCAAAUGUCUCGGAUCAGUUUGUGGAGCGUAUAAAAACGAAGUGUGACGUCAAUUCUGAUGGGAAACUGACAAAAGUCGAGGCAGAAAAAAUCUCUCAGGUCUGCCAGGAGAUCAAAGGCCUGGUAGAGCUGUUUAAGGAGUAUGACAAGGACGGCAGUAUGACCAUGUCCUACAAGGAGAUGCGGAAGAAGGCCGGCUCCUUUCUCCGUGAACAAGGCGACAAGUAUGGCGGGGGGAAGGUCAGGGACCUGCUGGACCACUGGGACGGCGACAAAGACAAGGAGAUGACCUUGGGCGAAUUCCUGGAAAUCAUUUUUGGUGAAAGGUUCUAAUUAUGAACCCUUGUCAGAUAAAUGCCAUGUUAGGUACUGGUUCCAUUUAAAGUCUGAUGUUAAGGCAACUAUUACUAUUACAUCGAAGUAGUGUAGUACUUAACUUCUGCUUACUAUAGGCAACCAUUCACAGACAUAACUGUCAGAUUUAUCUAGAACAUAGCGUAGUAACUAAAAUAACAUAUGCAGGGCUCACUCCAAAAAAAAAUGAUUAUUUCACAGCUAAUAUUCAUUGUCCAACGUAUAGUUUAAAGCAACAGAUAUCAGACUUACCUGGCAUAUAUCACCAUUGAUAAAUCCCACUUUUCAUUUAGUGCAAGAACCUCAGGAACCAAGCAUGUCAGAAACUUGCAGAAUGGGCUUUAUAACUGCCAUUUUAUUGAAACUACUAUAACUGUAAAACAACACUUUUGUAAUUGUAGUAUAUACUGGGUAACCAUGUAGACGAUUUUAUCGGUGAAGGUAAGCAUCCAGGUAAUACCAUACGCAAAAAAAAUGUACAAACGCAACUGGAUAUGAUCUUUUAAAAACUUCUUGGGUAACUGUUUUAGACGACAAUACUAAUACCAUUGCUAGUGAAUAACUGAUAAGUAAGCUUCCAGUUAUACAAUUUGUUACUUAAAUGGAUUUUCUGAUUAAAUGCUCUGCUUAUGUUAAAAA